AUGACGCUGAAAGUAGUAACCAAGACAGGUGGCCAAGGACGCACCAUGAUUCGCGUACAAACCGCCGACGGGAAAGUCAAGGAGUGGCGUAAAGACGGGGACGGAGUCUAUGCGGUCCAAAUCAACGAGGGACGAAACGCUUCGCGCGUCGGAAUUAGUGUUGAGAACCACGCUUCGCCCACCAUCCGAGUUGGCACGCAGAAUAACGGGGGUGUUAAGGUGGGAGGAGAAGGCAACAACAGCAACAGCAACUGGGGCGAGUUUGCCCUGCGUCUCUCCUUCGCCGUCAUCAUUCUCUUCAUCGCGUAUCUGAUACUACGGCAGUAG